CUCCAAAAUCUGGUCUAUUAUAUUCUUUGCCUUUAUAGACUAUUCACCACCAUUUGUUCUGAGCGUCGUUGUACCAUGUCGUUCCACGGCCUCCCGAAGGGGAUGGUGUGGCAGGCAUCCGCACGCUACAACAACAAGGUCAUGACGGAAGAAGAAGUUGAUGAUUUCUUCGCAAGAGCCGCACUUGGAGGUCCACCACCGCGGGAGGAAAGGGUGCAGGCGCCUAAAAGACGUAGGAAAGGCAUGGAUAUCAAGGUACAUGGGCCGGAAGAUUCACCGCAUAACUCUCCUACAGAUCAACUGCUCCGCGAGGCCGCUUUAGCAGAAGAUCGGGCGGAAUCAAGCUCGGAAGGUGUUGCUGCUGCAUGUGCUGGCAGCAAGUGCAAAGCUCCGGUUCAGCAAUUCGUCUUCGGAAGCGAUCCCGCUGGCCAACAUGAACGUAGCGUGUUCUCAUUUAGAGCCAGAAACCCAGGAGACGUGGAGGAGAACACAUUCUGCAAGCAAUGCCAAACUCUGAUCAAAAAGGCGCGGGCUAUCAAGAGCAAGCCUAGCGAAGGUGCAAGAGGCGGCUUUUCCCUCUACAUUGAAGGAGAGAACGAAGGCGACGACGAUCGCUUCGCCGACGUCUUUUCCCCAGGCCAUGGCAGAUAUGCCACUUUCGCAGACCUGUGCAAAUCCGCCGAAACAGGAUGUCACCUCUGUUCUUUACUCGCAGCUCCGGACCCGCAUGCAAACUCAAAUCCUCCAUCCGAUUGCAAGAAUAGUUAUAUGGUCGGUGUAUACGGGGAGCAGAGUUACGACAGUCCCGGCAGGAUUGAAAUGCAGGUCAUGCAGUACGAAAGGAAAGUCGUCAAUCUCGCGUACGACUAUCCGACGGCGAAACUCCAAGGCUCUCUGACGUAUCGGCGCACGGAUACUGACCAGGUGUUUGCCCUUGCUAGGGAUUGGUUGAGGCAUUGUCGAACGGGUCACGACGAAUGCCGAAAUAGGCCAGAGGUGGAGGACUUCGUGCCAACGCGAUUACUCGAAGUCUCUGCUGAACCCAACGGCACUCUGACUUCCAUUAAACUCCGCGUCACCUCUACCAACCCCGACGAAUUCUCAAACGUGGAAUACCUGGCCCUCAGUCACUGCUGGGGCACCGUCGAGACAACGAAGCUUAAAACAUCAACCUUCGCGUCCUUCGAGACCUCUAUUCCCCUUCCCUCUCUCCCACGGAACUUCGUCGAUGCCGCUAUCAUCACCGCUAAACUUGGCUUCAAAUACCUCUGGAUCGACUCCCUCUGCAUAAUCCAAGACUCAGACCUCGACACGACCCGCGAAAUUCCCACCAUGGGCGGCGUCUACGGGCGCGCCGUUCUCACCAUCGCUGCCAUAGGCGCUGAAAAUAGCCACGGCGGGUGCUUCACGACGCGCAAUCCUCUCUCCCUCGUUCCUGCCCUGCUGCGCGACGGCGAUAGCUCGACGCGCGAUCAAGUGUGGGCUUGGAACCAGCAGUUGCAGGGGCCCAGUGCUGAGGGGAAAUUGAGGCCGCCGCUUCAUAAAAGAGGAUGGGUUGUGCAGGAGCGUGCGUUGGCGCCGAGGACGUUGAGCUUUGGGAAGGAUAUGGUUUAUUGGGAGUGUUUGCGUGGUGCGGCAUCAGAAGCGUCGCCGAAAAUCAGGGAAGACAAUGAAAGUGGGUUGAAGAUCGCUCUCGCGCAGUGUUCAGCGGUAGAUCAUAGAGAGGGUUGGGAACUUUGGGAAACGUUCUGGUGGGAGAUUGUGCACGAGUACACUGCGAGCAAAUUGACCCACUACAAAGACAGGUGGAAUGCUAUUUCCGCACUGGCCAUGCAGGUUGAAGACAACACUGGACAGCAACUGUACCACGGGCUCUGGGAGUGCAAUCUCUUCGAGGAAGUCUUGUGGAAGUGCUUCCACCCAGGCCAAAGAAUCGACCCUGCCGAUCUGGAUAUCCCGUCUUGGUCCUGGUUAUGCGUCAACGCGCCAGUCCAUAACCAGCAACGAUUCAACUACAAUAAGGAUUUCAAGAAGGUCGCCACGGUCACGAAACCACCGUCAGCACGAUACGCCGCUGAUGGACUCGGACGCUCGAAAUCCCUCAUAAUACAAGGUCAACUUUUGAAAAUCUCCUGGAGCACUUCUCGAAACGAGACCGGAAAGCCGGCGUACGUUUUCCGCUUCACUGACGGCCCACUUCUUCCGCGGCGCUCGAAAUGCGAUUGGUAUCCUGAUGUUGUUCCGGAGGCGGACUGGGAUCUUUCAGUAAUUACGAUGGUGCUGACUAAGAGUGGUGGAUACGAAGCGUACGGACUUGUUGUCAGGCCCAAUGAUGUGUCAGGCAUAUCGUGGACACGGGUGGGUAUGUGGCAUAUGUUUUGUUACCGAGAUGAAGGGAAGGAUGUUCUGUGGCAUUUAGAGAGAAAGGAGACUAUCACACUUGUAUAGUAGUAAGUGUGUGUUUUCGCUUGUAAGUCCGUCGUAUGUCGUCGUAUGUCGUCUAGUAGAAGAGCAUCAACAUGAGGAUUUUCAU